AUGCAGAUCUUCGUCAAGACCCUCACGGGCAAGACUAUCACCCUUGAGGUGGAGUCGAGCGACACCAUCGACAAUGUCAAGUCCAAGAUCCAGGACAAGGAGGGUAUCCCCCCGGACCAGCAGCGCUUGAUCUUUGCCGGCAAGCAGCUCGAGGACGGCAGGACCCUGUCCGACUACAACAUCCAGAAGGAGAGCACCCUCCACCUCGUGCUGCGUCUGCGUGGUGGUGGUAAGAAGAGGAAGAAGAAGGUCUACACCACCCCCAAGAAGAUCAAGCACAAGCGCAAGAAGACCAAGUUGGCUGUGCUCAAGUACUACAAGGUCGACGGUGACGGCAAGAUCGAGCGCCUCCGCCGCGAGUGCCCCAACGAGACUUGCGGUGCCGGUAUCUUCAUGGCUGCCAUGCAGGACCGCCAGUACUGCGGCCGUUGCCACCUGACCUACGUCUUCGACAAGAAGGACUAA